GUCCUGGCGUUGGAAGAGGAGGAGGAGGAGGAGGAGGAGCCUGCGGCGCCGGAGCCCGGCACAAAGUGAAACUCCUGGAAGCCGCGCGCCCUCGGGCAGGACCCCGCCCCGGCUCCCCUGUGCUCCCGGCGCCCAUGGCGCUGAGCAAAGGGCUGCGACUGCUGGCGCGGCUGGACCCCACCGGCCCGAGCAGCGUGCUGCUGGAGGCGCGGGGCCGCGGCGACUGUCUACUCUUUGAGGCCGGCGCGGUGGCCACGCUGGCUCCGGAAGAGAAGGAAGUCAUUAAAGGACUGUAUGGGAAGCCGACGGAUGCCUAUGGCUGCCUCGGGGAGCUGAGUUUAAAAUCCGGUGGCGUCCCCUUGAGCUUUCUGGUGUUGGUGACAGGCUGCACGUCAGUGGGCAGAAUUCCAGAUGCAGAGAUCUACAAAAUCACUGGCACUGAGUUUUACCCCCUGCAGGAAGAGGCCAAGGAAGAGGACCGCCUGCCAGCCUUGAAGAAAAUCCUGAGUUCAGGGGUGUUCUAUUUCGCAUGGCCCAAUGAUGGCGCCUGCUUCGAUCUGACCAUCAGGGCUCAGAAACAGGGUGAUGACUGCUCUGAAUGGGGGACCUCCUUCUUCUGGAACCAGCUAUUGCAUGUGCCUCUGCGGCAGCACCAGGUGAACUGUCAUGACUGGUUGCUGAAAGUCAUCUGUGGGGUGGUGACCAUCCGCACGGUUUAUGCCUCCCACAAGCAGGCCAAGGCCUGUCUCAUCUCUCGCAUCAGCUGUGAACGCGCAGGUGCUCGCUUCCUCACCCGGGGUGUGAACGACGAUGGCCACGUGUCCAACUUUGUGGAGACAGAGCAGGCGAUUUACAUGGAUGAUGGAGUGUCGUCCUUUGUCCAGAUCCGAGGCUCCGUUCCGCUGUUCUGGGAGCAGCCAGGGCUCCAGGUUGGCUCCCAUCAUCUGAGACUGCACAGAGGCCUAGAGGCCAACGCCCCUGCUUUUGAAAGGCACAUGGUGCUUCUGAAGGAGCAGUACGGGCAGCAGGUGGUGGUGAACCUGCUGGGAAGCAGAGGCGGUGAGGAGGUGCUCAACAGAGCCUUCAAGAAGUUGCUCUGGGCUUCUUGCCACGCAGGCGACACGCCUAUGAUAAAUUUUGACUUCCAUCAGUUUGCCAAAGGUAGGAAGCUAGAGAAAUUGGAGAACCUGUUGAGACCUCAGUUAAAACUACACUGGGAUGACUUUGGCGUAUUUGCGAAGGGCGAGAAUGUAAGUCCACGGUUUCAGAAAGGCACUCUGCGGAUGAACUGUCUCGACUGUCUGGACAGAACCAACACUGUACAGUGCUUCAUUGCUCUUGAGGUGCUUCAUCUGCAGCUUGAGAGCCUAGGGCUGAAUUCCAAGCCCAUCACUGACCGCUUCGUGGAGUCCUUCAAAGCCAUGUGGUCUCUGAAUGGGCAUGGCCUGAGCAAGGUGUUCACAGGGAGCAGGGCCCUGGAAGGAAAGGCCAAGGUGGGGAAGCUGAAGGAUGGGGCUCGAUCCAUGUCUCGUACCAUCCAGUCCAACUUCUUCGACGGGGUGAAGCAGGAGGCCAUCAAGCUACUGCUAGUUGGAGAUGUCUACAAUGAAGAGUCUACAGACAAAGGCAGGAUGCUGCUGGACAACACGGCCCUUCUGGCAACACCCAGGAUCCUGAAGGCCAUGACAGAACGCCAGUCAGAAUUCACAAAUUUCAAGCGGAUCCAGAUUGCUAUGGGGACCUGGAAUGUGAACGGAGGAAAACAAUUCCGUAGCAAUCUCCUGGGGACCACUGAACUCACUGACUGGCUCCUGGAUGCACCCCAGCUCUCAGGAGCAGUGGACUCUCAGGACGAUGGCGGUCCCGCUGACAUAUUUGCCGUCGGGUUUGAGGAGAUGGUGGAGCUGAGUGCAGGAAAUAUUGUCAAUGCCAGCACCACCAACAGGAAGAUGUGGGGUGAGCAGCUCCAGAAAGCCAUCUCCCGAUCCCAUCGGUACAUCCUCUUGACCUCAGCACAGCUGGUGGGCGUCUGUCUUUACAUCUUUGUACGUCCGUACCACGUCCCGUUCAUCAGGGAUGUGGCCAUCGACACCGUGAAGACCGGUAUGGGGGGAAAGGCAGGGAAUAAGGGCGCCGUGGGUAUCCGCUUUCAGUUCCACAGCACUAGCUUCUGCUUCAUCUGCAGUCACCUGACGGCUGGGCAGUCUCAGGUGAAGGAGAGGAACGAAGACUACCGGGAGAUCACGCACAAGCUCUCCUUCCCUUCGGGGAGAAACAUAUUUUCACACGAUUAUGUGUUUUGGUGUGGCGAUUUCAACUACCGCAUCGAUCUUACUUACGAAGAAGUCUUCUAUUUUGUUAAACGCCAAGACUGGAAGAAACUUAUGGAAUUUGAUCAGUUACAGCUACAGAAAUCAAGUGGGAAAAUUUUUAAAGACUUUCAUGAAGGAACCAUUAACUUCGGACCCACCUACAAGUAUGACGUUGGAUCGGCUGCCUAUGACACAAGUGACAAGUGCCGGACCCCAGCCUGGACAGACAGGGUGCUGUGGUGGAGGAAGAAGCAUCCGUACGAUAAGACAGCUGGCGAACUCAACCUUCUAGACAGUGAUCUAGACGGUGAUGCCAACAUCAGACAUACCUGGUCUCCGGGCACUCUCAAGUACUACGGCCGUGCCGAGCUGCAGGCAUCUGAUCACAGACCUGUGCUGGCCAUCGUAGAGGUGGAGGUUCAAGAGGUCGAUGUGGGAGCCCGGGAGAGAGUCUUCCAGGAAGUGUCCUCUGUCCAAGGCCCGCUGGACGCCACUGUUGUUGUAAACCUUCAGUCUCCAACCCUUGAAGAGAGAAAUGAAUUUCCAGAGGACCUGCGCACAGAACUUAUGCAGACUUUGGGGAAUUAUGGGACGAUUAUUCUGGUCAGGAUCAACCAAGGGCAGAUGCUGGUGACAUUUGCAGACAGCCACUCAGCUCUCAGUGUGCUGGAUGUGGAUGGUAUGAAGGUGAAAGGCAGGGCCGUGAAGAUUCGACCAAAGACCAAAGAUUGGCUAGAAGGCUUGAGAGAGGAGCUCAUUCGGAAGCGGGACAGCAUGGCCCCUGUGUCUCCCACCGCCAACUCCUGCUUGUUGGAGGAGAACUUUGACUUCACAAGUCUGGACUAUGAGUCAGAAGGGGAUGUUCUUGAAGAUGAUGAAGACUACUUAGCGGAUGAGUUUGGUCAGCCUGUAGUCUCAGACAGUGAGCUUGGAGGAGACGACUCUUCUGAUACCAUGAGCGCCUCGACACCUGCCAGCAAGUCUCCCGCACUGGCUAAAAAGAAGCAACAUCCAACGUACAAAGACGACGCUGACCUGAUGACGUUAAAGCUGGAGCUGGAAGUUGCUGGGAAUUUUCGCCACCGUUCUCCGAGCAGGUCCCUGUCUGUCCCCAAUAGGCCUCGGCCACCUCACCCUCCACAAAGACCCCCCCCUCCAACUGGCUUAAUGGUGAAGAAGUCUGCCUCAGAUGCGUCUAUCUCCUCCGGAACCCACGGGCAAUAUUCCAUCUUGCAGACCGCGAAACUUCUUCCAGGAGCACCUCAGCAACCGCCCAAGGCUCGAACUGGAAUAAGUAAACCUUACAACGUCAAACAGAUCAAAACCACCAAUGCUCAGGAGGCGGAAGCAGCUAUCCGGUGUCUCCUGGAAGCUGGCGGAGGUGUCCCAGAGUCAGCCCCGGGUGCCACGCCCCUGAGAAACCAAGGGUCUUCUAAGCCAGAGGCCUCCCUGGGGCCUCCAGUCCUACCGCGCCGGCCUGUUCCAAGGGUUCCCACUAUGAAGAAACCAACUUUGAGGAGAACAGGAAAGCCCAUGUUAUCAGAAGAACAGUGUGAACAGCAGCCUGUCCAUUUUACAAUGGCUUCCCAGGAAAUGAACCUUGAGACCCCUCCUCCAAUAACAGCUCCCAUCCCGCCUGUUCCCAAACCAAGAACAUUUCAGCCUGGGAGAGGUGUUGAGAGGAGGCCGAGUGGUGGCAAGCCAGAACCGGAUGACGCUCCUCCUGUGACAGGCGCUGUGGAGUUAUCGUCUCCAGAGGCCCCAGAGGCCCCGUCCCUGGCUCCCAAGGUGCCUCCUAGGAGGAAGAAGUCUGCACCAGCAGCCUUCCACCUGCAGGUCCUGCAGAGCAACAGCCAACUUCUGCAGGGCCUCACAUGCUCCAGCAGUUCUCCGUCCCCACCAAAGCCUGACACCCCCCUGCUCUAUCCGCAAAUGGCACUUGGCACUUCAUCUGCUAUAAGUCCCGAAACUGAUGGCCCCAGAGUGACGGAGCCCGAGGCAGCCUCUUUUCAUGGCGAUUACCCAGAUCCCUUCUGGAGCCUUCUCCACCACCCCAAGCUGUUGAAUAAUAAUACCUGGCUGUCCAAGAGCUCUGAGCCUUUAGACUUGGGGUCCAGGACCCCUGAGAGGACACACACAGACUCAGCGCAGGUCAAUGCAUCAGUGGUUGAGAGGGGGCUUCCACCAGACCAUGGGGGUAAAGACUUCAGUCACUGGAUGGCCGCCAGUAACAAAGACAAGAGGACAACAUUAGGCGUUUGACCCACAGGCAAGAACAUGGCCUGUUGGCUCUGUAGAUGCUCUCAUUUCAAACGCUCACCUUCCUCAUGUGGGCAUUGCUUGACCUGGUCAAAAGGGAUGUUGAUGUAAAGGCACACUGAAACCCUUUGUUUAUCUGUCACUCUGUGUAGUGAAUGAAAACUGUCUCCCAUUCAGUACAGUUAUCCAGCCACCCAAACGUUCCAUUCAAGGUCUGUGCAUUUUAAGCUUGCUCUCAGGACACUGGGAAAUGUGCUGUUGCAUUCGGGAUAUGGAUUUUAAAGGGAAGAAAUCUAGAUUCCCAAGACGCUCUCAUCUGCGGAAUUUUAAGUGGUUGUUCAAUAUAUGUUUGUGUGCCAUUUGCUUGUUGGUUUUGUUUGUGUUUUUACAGAUUUGGGAUAAGUGGUUAGGUUCAUAAAAGAUGACAUCAAAAGCAGUCGGGACCUUAAGAGCUGUUGUGACCCACUUGAAACCACAUUAAGAAAAAAAAAAAAGAAUCAGAGCUGAAAACAGCGAAUAGGUCAACAGCAUGCCUGGACCGUACAUUCCUGUGAGCCUUUUUAUGGAAUUGCCCUUUAUAGCUGCAGGUUCUGCUGCUUCAGGCUCUGCAGAAAAGACCUCGUCUGUGCUGCGCAUGUGUGUUUCCUGUCAUUCUCUAAAUGCUACAGCAUAACAGAUGUAAGUCAUUUGGAGACCGUUGAAUAAGAGGGUGUGUAAAGACUAUACAAAUACUGUGCCGAUGAGGACCUGAGCAUCUAAGGAUUUGGGUACCUCAGGGGGUCCUGGAAUUGAUCUCCCAUAGAUACUCAGGUGACUACCCAUGUGUGAUUAGCUUUAACUAUGUUUAUGUCCUAUGAGAGCUGGUGGCAAUACUGUUUUGGUUGUGGCGUUUGACCACGAGUUUACCCUCCACUCAGAUAUGGACCAGCUGACUCCUGCAUGCCCUGUACACAGCUGGUCUUGAACCAUGGUGUGCUGCUUAAACUAAUUUAUACACCCUCUAGAUGAGACUUCCCUCCUCCUCUUGUCUGUGCCCCAUAAAGGCACCAAAUGUGAAAACUCAUCCUGGCCCAUCAUGGCUGAUUUUCAUUUGUGUAGUAUGUGAUGUUCACAGCAACCCAUGAGGUCAUAUUUCCAAGACGGCGAGUCUGGGCUUGUUUUCUGAGGUCUUUUGGGUCUGUUUGUUGCUUUUUUGCAUUCAUGCAUUUCUAAUACUUCUUAUCUCUUCAAGAAUUGACAGACACCUUGAUGCUAUUUUAUAUUUUAAAGAAUUAUAAUGUCUGGAAUCUAUUUGAAGCAUAUAUCACAUUUUUGCGUAUAAAAAGCUCAUUAGCUAAAGAAGGCUGAGUUUGGAGGGUCAGGAGGUCAAGACCAGCCUGGGCAACAGAGCAAGAUUUUAUUUUCAGAAGGAAAGAAAUUCAUUAGCAAAUCGUGUUAUGCCAACCUCCAUAUUUAGGAGUCUUUCGCAUCACAGACCCAUACCCAAUGUCCUGUGUAGUUCCCUAUGGCCAAUCCUGCACAGGGAUUAGUAUUGGCCAUUCAGAAAUUAUUUUACUGUCAUGUUCAAGAUAUUUUGCAAAUUAUUUAAAUCUGGCAUUCAAGAACAAAACUCCAUGCAUCUACAGUCAUCUGAAGAUUGAUCUGAGAAGCCAUUGGCCCACAGAGAUGAACAGAACAAUAUGCAUAUUUGGCAGUUAAAAAAAUUUGGUGUGGGGGCUGGAGAGAUGGCUCAGCAGUUAAGAACACUGGCUGCUCUUCCAGAGGACCCAGGUUUGGUUCUCAGCAUAGUAAUUCACGACCAUCUGUAACUCCCAUCUCACCAGACCCAUUGUUUCUUCUGACCUCUGAGAACCCUGUAUGCACAAGGUGCCCAGACAUACAUGCAGACAAGUAAAUAAAAUGGACAGACAACAACUUACCAAUAAACAAAAUAAAGGAAAAUUAAAGGUGACAUGCAGAUGAGCAA